AUGUCUUACACCGUUCGCAACAUCGGCCAGGCCAACACCCUGGCUCACCGUGUCUACAUUGAGAAGGAUGGCCAGCCCGUCUCUCCCUUCCACGAUAUCCCUCUCUACGCCAACGAGGAGCAGACUAUCCUUAACAUGGUCGUUGAAAUCCCCCGCUGGACCAACGCCAAGCAGGAGAUCUCCAAGGAGGAGUUCCUCAACCCCAUCAAGCAGGAUGUCAAGAAGGGCAAGCUCCGUUUCGUCCGUAACUGCUUCCCCCACAAGGGUUACCUCUGGAACUACGGUGCCUUCCCUCAGACCUGGGAGGACCCCAACACUGUCCACCCUGAGACCAAGGCUAAGGGUGACAACGACCCUCUCGAUGUCUGCGAGAUCGGUGAGCUUGUCGGCUACCCCGGUCAGGUCAAGCAGGUCAAGGUCCUUGGUGUGAUGGCCCUGCUUGACGAGGAAGAGACCGACUGGAAGGUCAUCGUCAUCGACGUCAACGACCCUCUGGCUCCUAAGCUUAACGACGUUGAGGAUGUUGAGCGCCACCUGCCUGGCCUCCUCCGCGCCACCAACGAGUGGUUCCGUAUCUACAAGAUCCCCGAUGGCAAGCCCGAGAACCAGUUCGCUUUCUCCGGCGAGUGCAAGAACAAGAAGUACGCUCUCGAUGUUAUCCGUGAGUGCGCUGAUGCUUGGGAGAAGCUCAUGACUGGCAAGUCUCCCAAGGGCGAUAUCAGCACCGCCAACGUCACCGUUGCGAACUCCACCGACCGUGCUGACGCCGGCAAGGUUGCCAACCUCCCUAAGGGCGAGAACCUCCCCCCUGCCCCUAUUGAUGGCAGUGUUGAUAAGUGGUUCUUCAUCUCUGGUGCUGCUGUGUAA